AUGGCCCGGGCCCUGCCGAGCAGGAGGGCCCGGGAGGAUCCCCUGGAGUGCCGGGACCCCGUGCUGCAGAACGCCCUCUACACGGGGGACCUGGCCGAGGUGCAGCGCCAUUUCUCCGGCCGCUCCGCGGUGGACCUGGUCAUCCUGGCCAAGAGCCAGGACCUGCGCUGGACCAGCCAGAAAUGGGGGCUGUGGUCGCUGACCUACGAGCAGGAGCUGACCACGCCGCUCCACAUCACGGCCAGCCGCGGCUACCUGGACUGCUUGCGCCACCUGCUGCUGCGCGGGGCCGAGGUGGACCUGGCGCCCGGCGGGCAGACGGCCCUGCACGCGGCUUGCGCGGCCGCCACCGCCGACUGCGUCCGCCUGCUGCUCUCCUUCGGCGCCGACCCCGCCGCCGUCUCGGAGGGCGGCUGUCAGCCCCUCCACCUCUGCCGGAGCGCCGGCUCGAGCGAGUGCGCCCGCCUCCUGCUGAGCCACGGGGCUCCGGUGAACGGCGCCUCGGAGGAGGCAGGGGACACCCCGCUGCACGUGGCGGCCCGGCUGGGCCUGGCGGAGCAGGUGGGCCUCCUCCUGCAGCACGGGGCCGACCUGGAGGCCCCCAACGCCGAGGGGGAGACCCCGCUGAUCGCCGCCUGCAGCUUGGCGCACUCCGCCCGGGAUGCGGAGGCUCACUUCGACGUGUGCCGGCAGCUGGUGGAGGCCGGGGCCCGGGUGAACGCCGCCGACCGCGACCGGCAGCGCCCGCUGCACUGGGCCUCCAAGAACGCCAACGCCCGCGUGGUGUCGCUACUCCUGGCCCGCGGCGCCCACGUCAACAUCAUGAGUUACAGCGGCAACACGGCGCUGCACAACGCCCUGCAGGUGGCGGCCUACCGGUUGGAGCACCGUCCGGAGCUGGCCGUGCGCCACUUGCUCAACCACGGGGCGGUGCGCGUCUGGCCCGGGGCUCUGCUUAAGGUGCUGCGCCACUGCUGCGCUUCCCCUCGCACGGUGGAGACCCUGCUCAACUGUUACGCGCGAGUGCCGGUGACGGAGGCCUGGCAGGAGGCGGUCCCCGAAGACUUGGUGCGGGAGCACCCGAGCUUCUUCGGCUCCCUCUUCGCCUUGGGCCAGGGCCCGCGCAGCUUGCAACACCUGGCCCGGUGCGCCCUCCGCGGCUGCCUGGAAGGCCGCCUCCUCCGGGCCCUGCCCCACCUGCGCCUGCCCCCCGCCUUGGAACAAUUCGUGCUGCUUCGCUUCGAGGACCUGCUUUACUAG